UCACGGAAGUUCACCUUGGAGGUAACCAAAAUGCGGCACAUCCAGUAUGCAUCGUUAUGCUUGAUCGCUCUUGUCUUGGGACAAGCAGCGGCAUUACCGCAGCAUUCCCAAUACAAUCAGCAAUUUCCGCAGCAAUAUCAGCAACAGGUGAGGGAGGAAAGAAAGUUUGCCGAAAAGCCGAACGCGAUGAAGAAGGUAGCGAUUGAUGACCUCGAGGACAUCAGCACCAAUUCGAUUCAGGAGGGUGGUAGCAGCGGCUUCUCUUGGUCCAAUAUGCUGGGAAUGCUGAUGCAGAUGUUGCUGGGACAAACCGGAGGUGCGACUGGACCCAGCAAGAAUGAAAUAGACGACGGCGCGUCAGCGAGCCCGUGGGCUAACUUGUUAUCCGUGGGCCUCAGGGUCCUCACAGCGUUACUGGGCGGACCUCAGCAAUCGGUGGACGGUAUCGAUAAAGUGGACAAUCAGAGCAGCCCCAUGCAGGAAAUUUUGACCGCGGUGCUGGGCGUGUUUCUAGGACAGGGCAGAGAUCCCGAACAAGUUGCUGUAAUGGCGAAAAACGCCUCCGAGUUCAUCAGCAUAGUCAUCAACCUGCUGGACGCUCUAAAGACGUCAUUCUCCCAUCGUUCUUUGACAGCUCGCUCGUUAGGAAGACGCGAUACCGUUUCCGAGGCUGCGAUAGCAUCCAUCUCUAUGCUGAAGGGUUAUAUGAGAUCUGUCAAGUCCUUCAGUUACGUAGGCCGCGCCGAGGACGAGGGCCAUCGUGGAUGUGCCGAAAGAGCUCUUUGCGAAGCCAGCGCCGAGUGCAUCGCUGAUACGCAAGGCCCGUCGUCGAUUUUCUGCCAACUCGGAUCGUACGCGACGAGUUAUCUUCUGCAGAGGCAGAGCGGUGUUGGCUUCGAGGCCCUAUACGAAGCGGGACGACGCGGUCGCACGGGAGAAGACUGCAGAACCCUCUUCAUGGAUUGCAACGCCGUAUGAACACGUCUAAAUUCGCGCGGAAAGUUCCGUCGAGCGUGGUUUCGACUCUGCGAGAUUUCGGGAUCUUGAUCCCAAUUGAGCGUUACAAUUAGAAACAAGACUCGCGCGAUAGAUGACGAGUGACGGCGAGAGAUAUAUGAGGAACUUGACUCUGGGCUUACAUUUUAUGCCGAAAUGUUUUAAUCGAUGAGAACCACUCCAAUGAUUUUCUAUAAGACCUGUUACUGAUAAAUGUAAAAAUAUAGAAAGUUACGAAUAUAUCUUGGUUAAGCAUGUUCUGGCAUCGCGAGUCUUGUUGCUAAUUUGAUGAGGGAGGGGGAUGAGGUCCCGGUGCCUCGGUCGGUCUGGGCCACGCUAGAAUGGAAACAUUAGCAUUUAAUCGACGUGACCGCGAUGUGACUCGAAGAGCGCGCCGAGCCGAGAUUCGCAUCGAAUCUCGUUGAUAGCUCGGCGAUCUCACGACUGAUUCUUACUUAGACGCUUCUUCAGUCGAGCGGCGAAUUCGGCGCACGCGUACGCGCUAAUACAGAUUCAUAAUUUCGACGGAUCGUGACUGACGUCCCGAACAAACUAAGCGCUCGAUGAUCCAAAUCCUCCUCCGUCCUCCGAUCGCUCCUCGUCCCUGACUCAUCCUGAUCCUCUCCCUUUCUCUCUAUGUUCUCUCUAACAAUCCCGAAAAAGAUUUCGCAGAUCCAGGUUUGCGCGACUUUUGGUUAUUUGAAAUACAAUUGCGCCAACUUGAAAGAAUCGAUAUGUAUAAUUUGCAAUGUCUAGUGACAUUUUUUGGCUGCCUCAUUCAUCGCGUUGAGAAUUAUGAGUCGUCCUCUUCGUAUCGAUCGUCGAAUUUCGCGCUACACGCCACACGCCGAUUAUACAUGAGAUUUUGGCAUAUAUUUAUUUCUAUUUAUUUUUCUUUGUGAGCGUAUUUUAAAUAUAGCUGUAGUGUCCGUGGUUGGGGCUCGGCGCGAGUUCCGGUAUUCUCCGGUAAUUCGAGUAUGCGACGACGGUAAUAUUAAA